AUGGCUUUGGACGCCUUUUCAGGCGAAUCUGACCUCAUGGAACACUUGCGUUACUUUAACACCAAAAUGGUUAUUGGUGGGGCAACAGAUGAGGUGAAGUGUAGAUUGUUACCAUCAACUUUCAAGGGGAUGGCGAUGCAAUGUAUCUUAAAAGCAGUUGCACAGACAAAUGCGGUGCAAUAUCCGCCACCUCCUAGGCGACCACCAGCUAAUGUGGAUACAAACCGAUGGUGUGAGUAUCACAAAACGUUGGGGCACACCACAGAUAAUUGUUGGAACUUAAGGCGGGAGAUUGAUAGGUUGAUCAAGGCUGGCCAUCUGGCGAAUUUUGUUAAAGAGGCAGCAACGUCAGAGGCCACUAAGGUGACUCAGGGGGACAGGGGCAAAGGGAAAGAGAUAGUGGAGGAGUUGGGCGACCCUGUUGGUGAAUGCUCAUCCAUUGCAGGAGGAUUUGGAGGGGGCGUGAUUUCAAGCAAGGAUAGAAAGCGUUAUGUGGCGGCUGUACAUUCCGUGCAUGAGGCGUAUGAGGGCGAGUGCAUCGAUCCCAACGUAAUCACUCAUAAGUUGGCAAUACGGCCAGGAGCAAAACCAGUCAUCCAACCAAGGCGAAGGAUGAGCGAUGAAAAGAACAAGGCGGUACAAGUAGAAACUGAGAAGUUGAUCAAGGCACAAUUUAUUCGUGAGGUGCAGUACCCAACCUGGCUCGCCAACGUAGUGAUGGUCAAGAAAGCUAAUGGAAAGUGGAGAAUGUGCACGGAUUACACAAAUCUGAACAAGGUGUGUCCCAAAGAUUCAUAUCCUCUUCAAAAUGUUGAUAAGUUGGUAGACGGGGCUUCUGGCAACGAAAUUUUAAGUCUAAUGGAUGCAUAUUCUGGCUACAAUCAAAUAAUGAUGCAUCCUUCGGAUGAGGAAAGUACGGCGUUCAUGACUAACCAGGCGAAUUAUUGUUACAAAAUCAUGCCUUUUGGAUUGAAAAAUGCUGGAGCCACAUAUCAACGCCUCAUGGAUAAAAAUUUUUCAAAGCAAGUUGGAAGAAAUAUGGAAGUGUAUGUAGACGACAUGAUUGUUAAGUCAACCAAGUCGAAGGAUCACGGCGACGAUCUUAAGGAAGCCUUUGCUCAGCUAAGAAAAAAUCAAAUGAAUCCAACAAGUGUCAAGGAAGUACAGCGAUUAACGGGACGCAUGGCUGCUUUAGCACGUUUCUUGCCAAUGGCGGGAGACAAAGCGGCUCCGUUCUUUACCUGUUUGAAAAAGAAUUCCAAGUUUCAAUGGACAGAGGAAUGUGAGCAAGCUUUUUCCAAGUUGAAAGAAUCAUUAGCAACGUUGCCGGUGCUAUCCAAACCAACGCCAGGCGUUCCUUUGAUGCUCUACCUGGCGGUCACGGAUAGGGCGGUCAGCACGGUGUUGCUUCAAGAAGAAGGAAAGAAGCAGAAGAUUAUACAUUUUGUGAGUCAUACCCUACAAGGUGCUGAAUUGCGCUACCAGAAAAUUGAGAAGGCGGCCUUAGCAAUUCUAAAAACUGCAAGACGCCUCAGGCCAUAUUUUCAAAGUUUCUCAAUCAGGGUUAAAACUGAUGUUCCUUUAAGACAGGUACUCCAGAAGCCCGACUUGUCUGGGCGGUUAGUCAGCUGGUCAGUCGAGUUGUCUGAGUAUGAUAUACAGUAUGAGCCAAGGGGACAAGUUACAAUCCAAAGCUUGAUCGAUUUCGUGACUGAAUUAACACCCAUGGAAGGCGAGAAAACCCAAGGCGAGUGGAUCCUGUCUGUUGAUGGAUCCUCAAACAACACCGGAAGUGGAGCUGGAAUAACUAUUGAAAGCCCGGAUAAGAUGGUCAUUGAACAAUCUUUGAAAUUCGAGUUCAAGGCAAGCAACAACCAAUCAGAGUACGAGGCUCUAAUCGCCGGACUAAGGCUGGUCAUUGAAUUAGGCGUUCAGAAAUUGUUCAUCAAGGGCGACUCACAGCUGGUUGUUAAACAGGUAAAUGGCGAGUAUCAAGUCAAGGAUCUGCAACUUUCAAAGUACCUGGAAGUGGUGCGUAGAUUAAUGAUGGAGAUAGGGAAGAUCAGAAUAGAACAUGUUCCAAGAAGUCAAAACGAAAGGGCUGAUGUGCUAGCAAAAUUGGCUAGCACGGGGCGAUUGGGCAAUUAUCAAACAGUCAUUCAGGAAACUCUACAUCGCCCCAGUAUUGACUUGGUGGAAGUAAGGUUAAAGUCAGUGAAGUCAGUUAUCGAAGGCGAACCUUCGUGGAUGGAGCCAAUCAAGACUUUCCUCAAAGAUCCUCCUAAGGACAAUGCCCUGAAUACAAAAGAAAGGCGUAGGGAGGCUAGUUUUUACACGUUGGUAGAUGGUGAACUAUAUCGACGGGGAAUUAUGUCUCCUAUGCUUAAAUGUAUCGACACGAGAGAUGCCCAGGGAGUCAUGGCGGAGGUCCACGAAGGGGACCUUUCCCAGUAG